UUCUUUCUAAAGUCCAGUCUUUGCAGCGUCGCGUGGAGUCAAAGUAAGUGAGUUUAUCCGCGAAUCCACGUAUAUACCGCGAGCCAAGUUUUGCCUUUUCUGCGCUUGUGUUUAAUUUGCCUAUACGUGCGUUCAAGUUGUGCCCUUUGAUGGAGUUGUUGUAAGCUUAGCCCUAUAUCGAGGGCAAGUGAGCUUUUUCAAAGCCUGUGGGCCGCGAGUGCGCCAAUCGCUUAGCGACAUCCAAGGUGCUUCCUUAACUCGUGCUCUGUGUGCUCCGAGCUGCUGUGUCCCGAGCAACUUCCUACGUAAAUUGCAACUAAUUGAAGCUUCAAGGACUAGCUACUGCUGUACUAGCCACUCCUGCGACUUGUCGUUACCUGUCAAACUGGCGCGCUUACACUUUGCGGAUAGUUGAGUAUUUAGAGAUUUUAAGUUGGAGUAAGUGCAUGGCCGAAAAUUGAUAACAUCCCCUCAUCUAGUCAUAGUCGUAAAAAUGGACGUCGAAACGGGGGCCAUGUUGGCCCUUCAGAUUCUCGCCGUGUUCUCGAUUGCCGUUGCGCUCUUCGCAUACUUGAUGCGACAGUCUCGCAAUGCUUCGGACGAAUAUGACAUUCGGAGCAAGAGACACGUCCUCGUCACCAGUUGCGAUACCUGCGUCGGCCUUCAACUCGCUCUCGCCUUAUCCGAGGCUGGCUACAAGGUUUUCGCUGGCCUGCUGGAGCCGUGUGGCCAGUCGGCAGCCGUUAAAAUUUUACGAGCUGUCGAACAAGAACGAUUGAAGGCCCGAGAUCCCGAGAACCUGGAAGAUUCAGCAUCGGCUUCUGGCGAUUUACGAUCACCUGGACAGAUAGUGCCUUUGAAAUUAGAUUCGACGCGAGAAGACAGUCUACGAGCAUGUCUAGACGCCAUAAGAGCCAAACUUCCCGCCGGUGAAGAUGGAUUAUGGGCAGUGGUACACACCAGUGGAUUGGCUUUACCAGGAGUUAUAGAGAGACAAGAGAGCUCAGCCUGGGAAUCUAUGCUGAGGCAAAACAUAAUUGCGCCACUGCGUACUGCUCGUGCAUUCAUUCCGUUACUACGAACAAAAAGAGGUCGAAUAAUUUUACUUGGAGAUUCCAACACGAGUUUCGCAGCGAAGGUCGGCAAAGGUCUUGUAGCUUUCAGCGCAUCACGCAAGGCAGUCGAAGGUGCAGCUGAGGCAAUGAGAUACGAGCUUCAUUCUUCCGGCGUGAAUGUCGUUUUGCUUAAGCCUCCUUCGGUCAAUCCUCUCGUACUUUAUGGCCCACCAACUCUCAAAACAGCUGAAACCGACAAUUCCAAUCAAUCCAGCCAAGGCACUUGGAUUGCUCCAUUGUCAGCUCAGUCGGUGAAAGAAACACUCAUACCAGCGAUCACAGCCACUUGUCCUUUUGAAUCCUACGAUAUGAAUAAAAAAUCAAGAAUAUUUUGUCGAUAGAUUAAGUUUU